AUCAGAAGCAUUUACAUGUGGCCAAAUUUAUGGUGGGGAAAUGUAAAAACAUGUACGGUAAAUAAGCGAGUACAAGCCCCACGAAAAAUAAUUAAAUGGUGGGGAAUCGAAGCUCCCACGCACGAAUCCCAUUAUAUAAACUUUCCAUCUCAGUCGUACGUUUAUUGUUCCGUUUCCUGCCCUUGCCAUUGCCAUCGAAGAACCAGAAGAAGGAAAACUCAAAGAAUCCAAAGGGCCAUCCCUUCUGGGCUUCUUUGCUUCAAGAAGUGGGUGCCUUUGGAUUUCGAUUUCAGGAAUGAGAGCAAGAGACUGAUAUCAAAGCAGAAACAUUUUCUCACGGGAGGAGGGGCUCUCUGGUUUUUCUUUCCUGCAAUCGGUUUUCCAUCGGAUUUUGUUGCUGAUUGGUUUUACAUUUUCCUGGGAAAAUCCUUAGAUCUGAUACUGCUUUCUGGGUCUUCCUUGUAUUGCAUGCAUGGGAGCAGUGGUUGUCUAGCAUGCUAUAGUAAGAACGCACCGAAAACUAAAGUGAAUGAGCCACCGAAAAGGUUGUUAAACGAACAUCGGACUGAAAAGAAACCAAGCAUAUCAGAGGAUUUCUGGACCACCAGCACGUGGGAUAUGGACAACAGUGCAGUUCAGUCCCAGGGAAGCAUCUCAUCAAUCAGCACAAACCAGACGCUUGAUCCGCAUGGUGGCUCUGGCAGCAAUAGCACCCCUUCCGAAUUUGUAAAUCAUGGUCUUCUUCUCUGGAACCAGACUAGGCACCGUUGGGUAGGGAAUAAAAAGUCUGAGAGCCCAUCAAAGAAAAUUCGAGAACCCAAAUUAAGUUGGAAUGCGUCAUAUGAAAGUUUACUUGGGAGUUCCAAGCCUUUCCCUCAGCCUAUUCCUCUCCCGGAAAUGGUAGAUUUUCUCGUUGAUAUUUGGGAGCAAGAAGGGUUGUACGAUUGAGCGGCAGAGGUACUAGAGAUUUUUAAGCUGGCUAGUUACGAAAGUUGAUCCAGGUGUUUGUAACACUAUUACCGCCUCCUAGAAAAUAGGAAGCAAUAGCAUGGCUAGUGCAUUAUCAACUAUCACAUCAUUUUUUGCUUGCUUGUUCUUGGAUUUUAACUCUCGUGGCAUUUUAGAUGCGCCCUUGUGUUGCAUUCAAACUGAUUUUAUAGGAUUGGUUUCUUCCACUGUUCUUAGUGGGGGGUUUUGGAAGACGAAGAUUGACCUUUGUCUACACUUUCCUUUCAUUGUCAUCCUCCGCCCCCUUGCUGUAUCUGAUUCAGUGUUCAUUUCUGUUUAUAUCUGGGACCGAACCCACUUUCUUUGUUAGUUAUGGGUCAAAGUGGAAAUAUGAUUUCUUUGAAAUUGUGCACAGGGUUGUAAAUGAGUUGAGCCAACCUGAACAUUCAA